GCGAAACUGGAGUACGAGCGCAACGUGGCGCUGUGGGAGGAACGAAAGUCCAGAAAGAAACUCGAGGGAGAUGGGAAAUUGCCUAAUGGUAUGGACGGUGUGGAACCCACCAAUCCUCUUCCGCCACCCACUCAGCAUACAAUGGACGAUCACGACAAGGAAGGUGAAGGCGAUGACGGAGAAGAUGAUAAGGACAAAGCACCGGCAACUCGGUAUCGCCUCAACGAGGCCAUGCGAGUCGAAUGUUUAUCAUCAUCUAGUCACUUAGAAGGGUCCAAAGAGCUUGUAUCCGAUCAGAGUCAAAGAAAAGAGCUCUAUAAGAAGAUCCUACAAGCCUUCCCCGACGUGAGCAUGAUGAAAAAGAAGAUGGAGUCUUUAACGGGACCCAAGCCAGAGGAAAACCGUCCGGCCGCAAUCCCAGCAUAG